CUCAGGUUCUGAGCUUGGUGCUGGGCAGGCAGGGGAGCCUCCCACCCCCCGCCGUGGACGCCCCCCGCCAUGACCAUGCAAAGCCUGCGGCCUGACCCCACGCUGGGGCUGCUGGAGCCCGAGAGGACCAACUCGCUGCUGCCCAGGGAGAUCCAGGCCUGGGACAAGCAGGCCACCUUCGCCGGGGACUGGGUGGCCAUGGAGGCUGGGGCUGCCGCCUGUGACAUUGAGGAGAGAGACCUGUCUUCUCAAGAGGCCGGGCUCCCCCUGGAGUGGAGCUCAGUGGAGGAGGACGAGGAGUCAGAGGACUCUCAGGGCUUUGUCGAAAGGUCAAAAGCUCCACAGCAGACGACCAUCGUGUUGGUCCUGUGCGUGCUUUUCCUGUUCCUGGUUCUCACGGGAAUGCCCAUGAUGCUGUCGGCGUAACCCCUCCCAGCAGCUGGCCUUUCACACAGACCCCCUGUGCGUCACAGGGGGAGGUGGCUGGAAAGCGGCUGAGAAUCAGGACAGGGUAUCACCUGGUGUCAGACACCUGUCAGACGCCCACGGAGCUGGUUAUCAUCCCAUACGUCACCUUUCGGCGUGAGGCUUUGCAGCACCACAUUUCACCAGACUGAGGACACCAGCGAUCGUAAAGACAUCCCUUAUUUUAUAUGUACCAAGAAAGCCAGUAGCUAGAAGAGAGAGCCUGACUUCUGAGAAGGUGGAAGAAAAGAAAUGAAAGUGCCAUAGGGGAUGGAAGACAGCUGGCCGAGUCCUUAGUUCCAGACCAUCCUUGUAGCCUUAGGAGUGUGGGGGCCCACGGGCAAGGACCCUGCUUCAAGCUCCCUUCCCCUACCUGCAGGGGAGAAGCUUCAGGAGUGGAGAAGCAGGGCUGCAGGUGUCUCUCUCUUUUUCUCCCUCUCCCCCACCCCUCUCAACUUUUCUCUGUCUCUAUUCAAUAAAUAAAUAAAGUUAAGAAAAAUAAUUAAAGGGGCUGGGCAGUGGUGCACCCAGUUAAGUGUACAUAGUACUAAGCACAAGGACUCUGGCUCCCCACCUGCAGAAGGAAGCUUCACAAGCAGCAAAGCAGGUCUGUAGGGUCUCUGUCUCUCUCCCUCUCCAUCUCCCCCUUCCUCUCCAUUUCUCUCUAUCCUGUCCAAUAAAAUGGGGAAAAAAUGGCCGCUGGGAGCAGUG